CUGUUGGACUGACUACCCCAUACACGUUCAGUUCAAUUCUGUCCGGCGAGCGCUUCAAAACACAUUGAUUUCUUCGUGCGUUUAGUUUUUAGUAGUUUAAAAAGAUUUGCAAGUUUUUUUGUGUAGUUAUUUAUUUUCUAAAGAUUAUUUAUAGUUCAAAAUGUCUAGUGAUGACGAUGAUUACGCAGUUUUAGGUUUAUUACUAGCAGUAGUUCCUACCAAAAAACGGCGAAAAAAACGUGAGUGUUGGUCGAAAAGCUGGUUGAUGAAGAGGGACACGUAUUCUCACAUAAAUUUAUUAAAAGAGUUAAAGGUGACUCCAAAAGACUGGCAUAAUUACUUAAGAAUGGACGAAAAUACGUACCUAGUUCUUUUGUCACUGGUUGCUCCAUUGAUUGAGAGGGAAAACACUGUGAUGAGGAAUGCCAUAUCUCCUCACGAACGUCUAACCGCUACACUUAGAUUCUUAGCUACUGGGAGGAGUUUAGAGGACCUAAAGUAUUCAACAGUCAUAUCCCCACAAGCACUAGGAAAAAUUAUACCAGAAACCUGUGAGGCGAUCUACCAAGUUCUCCAAAAGGAUCACUUGAAGUUUCCAAGAACAGAGGAAGAAUGGAAAUCCAUAGCAAAACAAUUUGAGCAGCGUUGGAAUUUCCCACACUGCCUCGGUGCAGUUGAUGGGAAACACAUUACCAUCAUCCCUCCCCCAGACUGUGGUUCGGAGUUCUUCAACUACAAAGGACACCAUAGCAUGGUGUUGAUGGCAAUCGUUGAUGGAAAUUAUAGGUUCAUCAUGUGUGAUUUUGGAACAAAUGGUAGAGUGUCCGAUGGUGGUGUUAUUCAGAACACUUUAUUUUAUGACAAACUGCAACACGGUACAUUAAAUAUACCUCCUGAAGAAAUCGUCAAAGACACAUCUACAGCUUUACCUUACGUAUUUGUUGCGGAUGAUGCAUUUCAGUUACGCGUCGAUAUGAUUAAACCAUUUAGAUUGGCAAGUUUAACUGAUGACAAUAGAAAGGUGUACAACUAUCGUGUAUCACGAGCAAGGCGCAUAGUAGAAAAUGCGUUUGGAAUAUUGAGUGCCAGGUUCAGAAUAUUUCAUACUUUUAUAAAUAUGAAUCCUACAAAAAUUGAAUCUGUUGUAAUGGCAUGCUGUGUAUUGCACAAUUUUUUGGUCAACACUGUUCCGAAAACGUAUGCCCCUACAGAAUGCUUUGACAUCGAUGACAGGGAAGCUGGUAUCACAAAUGUAGGUUACAAUUGUGAACAUGAGAACAUGUACGGUUUACAACAAAGAGCACGUGGAAGCACCAUGACUGCCGCAAUAAGGGUUCGAGAAAAAUUCAUUGAUUAUUUUGUUAAUGAAGGUAGUGUCCCGUGGCAGAGAAACUUCAUUCAUUGACAUUGGAAUGAAUAGUUUUGCAUUUGUUGCAUUAUUUUAGUAACUUUAAAUAUAACUGUUGCUUUUCGAAUGGUAAUGAUGUGGUAUUGAUUUUGCAAAUAAAUAAAAUACAUAAAUUACAUGUUGUUGUUACCUCAUUGUUCCCAACUUGUUCAUCUUCGCUCAAGUUACUCCUUGACUGGCGGGGAGUUUCCUGGUCGUCCAAGAAAUGCAGGAGAUUGUAGUACCACAGUUUUGG